UGAAUAUGUCGUCGGAUUCCUUCAACUGGUCAACUUCCCGAGUCACCGACAAUAGGGUGACAGGCGUUUUUCAAUAAUUAUUCGUUCUACCUGUUUGUCUUAGCUUCACGUUUAUCGUACACCGCUGGAAAAAUGGAGUGCUUAAUUGGAAUACAGUUCAAAGAUUUCGUUCUCGUUGCUGCGGACAUGACAAAUGCCCAAUCAAUCAUGGUUAUGAAAAGUGAUGAACAAAAGAUUCACAAGAUAUCUGACAAACUUGUGAUGGCAGUAUCCGGAGAGUCAGGAGAUACCACGCAAUUUGCUGAAUUUAUUGGGAAAAAUAUUCAACUCUACAAGAUGAGAAAUGGCUAUGAAUUGUCACCCAAAGCUGCAGCUAGUUUUACACGAAGGAAUUUAGCUGAUUACCUGCGUACCAGAACUCCAUAUUUUGUCAAUUUAUUGAUGGCAGGAUAUGACGAUGAAACUGGACCAGAAUUAUAUUUUAUUGAUUACUUAGCAUCCUGUGUGAAAGUGCCUUACGCUGCUCAUGGCUACGGUGGAUUUUUCUCUUUGGCAAUUAUGGACAGAUACCACAAUCUCGACCUAUCUGAACCAGAAGCCUAUGAACUAAUGAAGAAGUGUGUGAGGGAAAUCCAUAAACGGCUGUUUGUAAACUUACCUAACUUCAAGGUUCAAAAAAUUUCAAGAACAGGAAUCACGGAUUUGGAAACAAUUACGGCUCAAAAUCUAGCCAUUGAAGAAGCUGCUAAAGCCUGAAAUAAUACUGCCGUGUCAAUUUUUCUAUACUUAAUAUUCGAUCUUCAAGUCAACUAAAAAUAAAAAUAUUGUGAAAUCAAUGAAAA